CUGAAGCGGGUUGGGGCGCGGGGGGCGCCGAGUUUGACUAGUUUGGGGGCCGAUCCGCGCCUGGCGCUGCACCCGCCGCGCCCCGCGAGCCGCGCCUCGGCUGGACCCAGCGCGUCCCUCCCGUUCCCGUGGGGCCCCGCGCUGGCGGCUGGGCGGUGCUCGGCGAAAGUUGGUCCCUCACAGGCGGGCGAGCGGUCGCGGCCAUGGAGCCCCGCUGCAUGGAGUACUUCAGCGCCCAGGUGCAGCAGAAGGACGUCGGCGGCCGCCUGCAGGUCGGUCAGGAGCUGCUGCUCUACCUCGGCGUCCCCGGCGCCAUCCCAGACCUGGAGGAGGACCUGGGCUGUCUGGGCAGGACGGUCGACGCUCUCACCGGCUGGGUGGGCUCGAGCAACUACCGGGUGUCAUUAAUGGGAUUGGAAAUUUUAAGUGCCUUCGUGGACAGAUUAUCAACACGAUUUAAGUCCUAUGUAGCAAUGGUUAUUGUAGCUUUAAUAGACAGAAUGGGAGAUGCCAAAGACAAGGUUCGAGAUGAAGCUCAGACUCUGAUACUGAAGUUAAUGGAUCAAGUAGCACCACCUAUGUACAUUUGGGAACAGUUGGCUUCUGGUUUUAAGCACAAGAAUUUUCGAUCUCGAGAAGGCGUGUGUCUGUGUCUUAUUGAAACAUUAAACAUUUUUGGGGCUCAGCCACUAGUCCUCAGCAAGUUGGUACCACAUUUGUGUAUCCUAUUUGGAGAUUCCAACAGUCAGGUUAGAGAUGCUGCAAUAUUGGCUGUGGUGGAGAUUUAUAGACAUGUGGGAGAGAAAGUGAAAGUGGACCUUUGUAAGAGAGGAAUUCCCCUUGCUAGAUUAGAAAUGAUACUUGGCAAAUUUGAUGAAGUGCAAAAUUCAGGUGGUAUGAUUUUGAGUGCCUGCAAAGAUAAAAGCUUUGAUGAUGAAGAAUCAGUGGAUGGAAAUAGGCCAUCAUCAGCUGCUUCAGCCUUCAAGGUUCCUGCACCUAAAACAUCCGGAAAUCCUGUCAACAGUGCAAGGAAGCCUGGUUCAGCAGGUGGCCCUAAGGUUGGAGGUGCUUCUAAGGAAGGAGGUGCCGGAGCAGUUGAUGAAGAUGAUUUUAUAAAGGCUUUUACAGAUGUCCCUUCUAUACAGAUCUAUUCUAGUCGAGAACUUGAAGAAACAUUAAAUAAAAUCAGGGAAAUUUUGUCAGAUGACAAACACGACUGGGAUCAGCGUGCCAAUGCACUUAAGAAAAUUCGAUCAUUGCUUGUUGCUGGAGCUGCACAAUAUGAUGGCUUUUUCCAACAUUUACGCUUGUUGGAUGGAGCACUUAAACUUUCAGCUAAGGAUCUUAGAUCCCAGGUGGUUAGAGAAGCUUGCAUUACUGUGGCCCAUCUUUCAACAGUUUUGGGAAACAAGUUUGAUCAUGGAGCUGAAGCCAUUGUACCUACACUUUUUAAUCUCGUCCCCAAUAGUGCAAAAGUCAUGGCAACUUCUGGAUGUGCAGCAAUCAGAUUCAUAAUUCGGCAUACUCAUGUACCCAGACUUAUACCUUUAAUAACAAGCAAUUGCACAUCAAAAUCAGUUCCUGUAAGGAGGCGUUCAUUUGAAUUUUUAGAUUUGUUGUUACAGGAGUGGCAGACUCAUUCAUUGGAAAGACAUGCAGCCGUCUUGGUUGAAACUAUUAAGAAGGGAAUUCAUGAUGCUGAUGCUGAGGCCAGAGUGGAGGCAAGAAAGACUUACAUGGGUCUUAGAAACCACUUUCCUGGUGAAGCUGAAUCACUGUAUAAUUCCCUUGAGCCAUCUUAUCAGAAGAGUCUUCAAACUUACUUAAAGAGUUCUGGCAGUGUAGCAUCUCUUCCACAAUCAGACAGGUCCUCAUCUAGCUCACAAGAAAGUCUCAACCGCCCUUUUUCUUCCAAAUGGUCUACAGCAAACCCAUCAACUGUUGCUGGAAGAGUAUCAGCAGGCAGCAGCAAAGCCAGUUCCCUUCCAGGAAGCCUACAGCGUUCACGAAGUGAUAUUGAUGUGAAUGCUGCUGCUGGUGCCAAGGCACAUCAUGCUGCUGGGCAGGCUGUACGAAGUGGGCGGUUAGGUGCAGGUGCCCUGAAUCCAGGUUCCUACGCAUCACUAGGCCGGGUGAGAGCAAAGCUUUCAGCACCACUUGCUGGUAUGGGAAACUCCAAGACAGAUUCCAGAGGAAGAAGUCGAACAAAAAUGGUGUCUCAGUCACAGCCUGGCAGCCGGUCUGGGUCUCCGGGAAGAGUUCUGACCACAACAGCCCUCUCCACUGUGAGCUCUGGUGUUCAAAGAGUCCUGGUCAAUUCAGCCUCAGCACAGAAGAGAAGCAAGAUACCACGAAGCCAGGGCUGUAGCAGAGAGGCUAGUCCAUCUAGGCUCUCAGUGGCCCGAAGCAGUCGUAUUCCUCGACCAAGUGUGAGUCAAGGGUGCAGCCGGGAAGCCAGUCGGGAGAGCAGCAGGGAUACGAGUCCUGUUCGCUCUUUUCAGCCCCUUGGUCCAGGGUAUGGGAUCAGCCAAUCAAGCCGACUGUCAUCCUCUGUCAGUGCCAUGCGAGUCCUGAACACAGGUUCCGACGUGGAGGAGGCAGUAGCAGAUGCCUUGAAAAAACCUGCUCGAAGAAGAUAUGAAUCAUAUGGGAUGCAUUCAGAUGAUGAUGCCAACAGCGAUGCAUCCAGUGCUUGUUCAGAACGCUCCUAUAGCUCUCGGAAUGGUAGUAUUCCUACAUACAUGAGGCAGACAGAAGAUGUGGCAGAAGUCCUCAACAGAUGUGCUAGCUCCAACUGGUCAGAAAGGAAAGAAGGCCUCCUGGGUCUGCAGAACUUACUAAAAAAUCAGAGAACACUAAGUCGAGUUGAACUGAAAAGAUUAUGUGAAAUUUUCACAAGAAUGUUUGCUGAUCCUCAUGGCAAGGUGUUCAGCAUGUUUUUGGAGACUUUAGUGGACUUCAUACAAGUCCACAAAGAUGAUCUUCAAGAUUGGUUGUUUGUACUGCUGACCCAACUACUAAAAAAAAUGGGUGCUGAUUUGCUUGGGUCUGUUCAAGCAAAAGUUCAGAAAGCCCUCGAUGUUACAAGAGAAUCUUUUCCAAAUGAUCUUCAGUUCAAUAUUCUAAUGAGAUUUACAGUUGAUCAGACCCAGACACCAAGCUUGAAGACAGUCAAGCCAGCACUUCGGGACCAGCUUCACUCUUUUUGGAGUUCCAAGGUGAAGGUUGCUAUCCUCAAAUACAUAGAAACUCUGGCCAAACAGAUGGAUCCAGGAGAUUUUAUAAAUUCCAGUGAAACUCGCCUGGCAGUGUCUCGGGUCAUCACUUGGACAACAGAACCCAAAAGUUCUGAUGUUCGGAAGGCGGCGCAGUCAGUCCUGAUUUCCUUAUUUGAACUCAAUACCCCAGAGUUUACAAUGUUAUUAGGAGCUUUACCAAAAACUUUUCAGGAUGGUGCUACCAAGCUUCUUCAUAAUCACCUUCGAAACACUGGCAAUGGAACCCAGGGUUCCAUGGGGAGUCCUUUGACAAGACCAACACCACGGUCACCUGCCAACUGGUCCAGUCCUCUUACUUCUCCUACCAACACGUCACAGAAUACUUUAUCUCCAAGUGCAUUUGAUUAUGACACAGAAAAUAUGAAUUCUGAAGAUAUUUAUAGCUCUCUUAGAGGUGUCACUGAAGCAAUUCAGAAUUUCAGCUUCCGCAGUCAAGAAGAUAUGAAUGAGCCAUUGAAAAGGGAUUCUAAAAAAGAUGAAGGCGAUUCAACAUGUGGCGGUCCUGGGAUGUCUGACCCAAGAGCAGGAGGUGAUGCUACUGACUCAAGCCAAACAGCCCUUGAUAAUAAAGCUUCAUUGCUCCAUUCGAUGCCUGCUCACUCCUCUCCACGCUCUCGAGACUAUAAUCCGUAUAACUACUCAGAUAGCAUCAGUCCCUUCAAUAAGUCUGCCCUCAAGGAAGCCAUGUUUGAUGAUGAUGCUGACCAGUUUCCUGAUGAUCUUUCCUUAGACCAUUCUGACCUGGUUGCAGAGUUAUUGAAGGAGUUGUCUAACCAUAAUGAACGUGUAGAAGAAAGAAAAAUCGCCCUCUAUGAACUCAUGAAACUGACACAGGAAGAAUCUUUCAGUGUUUGGGAUGAACACUUCAAAACAAUAUUACUUUUAUUGCUUGAAACCCUUGGGGAUAAAGAGCCUACAAUCAGGGCUUUGGCAUUAAAGGUUUUAAGAGAAAUCCUAAGGCAUCAACCAGCAAGAUUUAAAAACUAUGCAGAACUGACUGUCAUGAAAACACUGGAAGCACAUAAAGAUCCUCAUAAGGAGGUGGUGAGAUCUGCUGAGGAAGCUGCGUCAGUGUUGGCCACUUCAAUCAGUCCGGAGCAGUGCAUCAAAGUGCUUUGUCCCAUCAUCCAAACUGCAGAUUACCCAAUUAAUCUGGCUGCAAUCAAAAUGCAAACAAAAGUGAUAGAGAGAGUUUCCAAGGAGACCCUUAACCUGCUUUUGCCAGAGAUUAUGCCAGGCCUAAUACAGGGUUAUGAUAAUUCGGAGAGCAGUGUUCGGAAAGCUUGCGUCUUCUGCCUGGUGGCUGUUCAUGCAGUAAUUGGUGAUGAACUAAAACCACAUCUCAGCCAGCUCACUGGCAGUAAAAUGAAGCUACUGAAUCUUUACAUCAAACGCGCACAAACAGGUUCUGGAGGAGCUGAUCCCACUACUGAUGUUUCUGGACAAAGUUAGUGAAGCUGAUGGAAGUGAACCAGGUCUCUCAAAGGAAGGACAGACAGACCACCCUCAUCAAUGAAAGGAAAUUUUCAAAUACAUCUUUUGGAAGUUACCAUUGUUUCCCAGUUUUAGUUUUUUGUUUUGUUUUGUAUUUUCUGUAACAGAGGGCUAUCCUCAGUCUGCAUGUAACUUUUAUGAUAGUUAUUCCAAAUUCAAGAAGAAGCAGUAUUAACAUCAGUUGGUCAAUACAAAGUAAUUUUUAAUCUAAUUCAUCAUUUCACAUGUUUUACUUCUUUGUCCUCCCAUUAACCUUUGCCAGUGUUAUGAUUGUAUCCAUUUUUUUAAAUGCUGGUUAAACAGGAAUGCUUAAAGCUUUAAAAGUUUAACAGUCUAAAACAUUUUUUGGCCUUCAUUCAAAUGCAGAAUAAUAUUUUUAUUGCUACUUUGAGUUUUGUUCCAUAUCAUGUCCUACGCUAGAAAUAUUGAAAUGAUGUGAAAUAAAGCAGGACUAAUCUGAACUACAGCUGGACUCUGUUGGUGUGAUGGUGAUACACGUCAUUAAUUAGUUGCAACUUCUUUGGGGUGAUCUGUAGUUUAAAACUAAGACCUCAAAGACAUGUUACAGAAUCAGCCAGUUCUGUAAGGCUGAUACCCUUUGUUGGUUGUUGAUCUUGCCAUCUUUAUUUAAAACCAUGUCCCCUCUAUGAUCCCUUAAGAAAGCUGUACCAAAUCAUCAGCCUGUGUUUUUCUUGUUACUUAUUAAAAUAGAAGGUUUCAUUGCAGGGUUUUUUGGUUUGUUUAUCUUUGUU